CUUCUACGCAUUCUCGCCAUGCUCUUUACUAAUCUGUCAUGUUAGUACCCGCUCUUCGGUGUGCUUGUUUGGUUACCGCCGGCAGUUUUAUCGCAGCUUCCACGUACCCCAGGUCUCUAGAUUCAGCAUCCGGUUUUCAUAAAAGACAGCAUUCUGAGUGUACUAAUCUCUGCAUGCAUAUAGCGCAAAUUUCACCUCCACCGCCUAGACGAUACAUGCUCUUCUGUCGGGCAACCCGACUAAUCAAGCUAUGACAUGGUGUUUCUCCAUAGGGAAGAGGUCCCGAGAAACAAUGAAAUGAGGCUCCGCGUGGGGACUCCUGUCACACCAUCCAAUUGGAUAGCCUUCAGGGAUCUGAUCUAUUGCGAAGCUGGGCGUAAUCAGACGCACCUUGUGUAUCGGCCGCAUAUGUCUUGA